AGGGCCGCGCCUCUUGGGGCUGCAGCCCGCGCAGAUGGGCAGCGGUUUGUCGUCUGUUUCCAGUUCUUACCUGUAGUGUACGUACCACCGAACCUUGAAAGACAAGGCAAGGUACGGUCCCGAGUGGGGGAUUCCAAUCAUGACAGCAGCUGGGGUGUCAAAUACUCCGCCUCAACCAUUCUUCGUCGCCUCGCAAGGUCGUCUCUUGUGUACGUGGCAUUGCCCAUCAAGGGGCUUUCCCUGGCGGGAACCACUGGCUGCGAGGCGCCAUGGGUGGGUGUAGACAAGGAUAUGAUGGCUGCAUGGCCUUCGAUCUUUAAUAGCUCCGGGGACUUCUUCAGGGCCCCCUGCCACCGCCUGUCUGUGACCACUGACUGCUAG